AAAUAAAAAACACAAUAACAAUUGGCAAUUUCAAUAACUUUUUUAGGAGUAUUGUUUAAUGAUCUCCAAGACUCCAAACAUCAAACAAUGGUUUAUUUUGGCACAAUACUCACAACCGGCAAUUUGUCAAUGACACAUACUACGUAUAACUUAAAUUUCAACACUGCAAAAUUGGGUUCCUCCGGUUCUCCCUGCCAAAAUGAAAGCCCAUGCCUUACCGGCCGCUCGGUUUCCGGCAACUCCAGCGUUACUCCGGCAAAAUUCCCGACAUUUCCACUCACCGAAGUUCCUAACUUUAUCGUCAUUGACUUCUCCACCAACAACCACUCACUUAAAAUCUGAAAUUGAUGCAAAUAAAAUGGAAUUUCCGGAUAAACAGAUGUUCAUUCUUGGCAUGGGUUAUGUGGGUCAAUUAUUUGCACAACAACUGAAGAAUGAAGGAUGGGAUGUUGCAGGGACAUGUACGAGCGUUGCAAAGAAAAAGGUCCUUGAGCAAAAGGGAUUUGAUAUCCUUGUUUUUGAUGCAAUGGAACCAGAAUGGAAGGUCCUCGAUAGAUUAAGAUGCUGUACUCACCUUUUAGUCUCCGUUCCCCCUACUGUUGAUAUUGGUGAUCCAAUUCUUCAACGUGCAGAAACCUUUAAAGCUAGUUUGGCAGAUGGAAAUCUCCGGUGGCUUUGUUAUUUGUCAACUACAAGUAUAUACGGAGAUGCUAGUGGAGCAUGGGUUGAUGAAAAUUAUUUCCCAAAGCCUUCUAAUAACUUAGCCAAAAUGAGAUUGGAGUCAGAGGAAGGGUGGUUAAAGCUGGGACAAGAUCUUGGGCUCUCAACCUAUGUAUUUCGACUUGGGGGCAUAUAUGGCCCUGGAAGAAGUGCUAUUGAUACCAUUCUAAAGAAGGAAGAACUCUCGGAACGUCAGAAGAGGAGAGCAAAUAGAAAUUUUACAUCCCGAGUUCAUGUUGCAGACAUUUGUCAAGUUCUUAAAGCAAGCAUUUCAACGCAGAUCCAGAGGAAGAUUUAUAAUGUAGUUGAUGACGAUCCUGCCUCUAGGAUAGAAGUCUUUGCAUUUGCACAGCAGCUGAUACAGCAGCGAUGGCCUGGUUUGAUUGAUGUUUCUGAUAACUCUAUCAUUAGCAAACUUCCUGGGGGUGCAGGAAAACGAGUCAGUAAUGCUCAUGUCAAGAAGGAUUUGGGUGUACAAUUAUUGUAUCCAAGUUAUAGAUCAGGCCUCCAAAGUAUUAUUCAUAAUAUGGAGAAGCCGAUUUUACGUUGUGGUUAGCAUCACCACUUCUACUGAUAUGCUUUUCCUCUAUCAAUCUUAAACAAUACAAGUAUAAUAAAAAGAAUAGUCUUUUUGUUGACA